GACCACCUGGGCCACCAGGACCACCCGGAGCACCAGGAGAUCCUGGAGAUGCUGGAACACCUGGAAGGCCAGGCGUUGAUGCAAGCCCAGGUAGUCCCGGUCCACGGGGACCACCAGGACCACCUGGCGAACCCGGACCACCAGGACCACCCGGAGAACCUGGAGUGCCAGCACAAAGUGAGCCACUGACACCAGGAGAGCCGGGUGAGCCUGGUGAUCCAGGACCACCAGGUCCACCGGGGCCACCUGGAGCGCCUGGUGCAGACGGUGCUCCAGGACCAGCAGGACCAAAAGGACCUCCAGGACCGGAUGGACCACCAGGUGUUGAUGGACAACCAGGACCGCCAGGACCAGCUGGACCUCCAGGAACGCCGGGAGAAAAAGGAAUAUGUCCAAAAUACUGCGCGAUUGAUGGUGGUGUGUUCUUUGAAGACGGUACGAGACGAU